AGCUCUGUGACGGAAUGGAAAGAUGUGGGUGAAAGGUCAACCACGUGUGUACUGUUGACAUGAAGAAGGCGCUAAAAUUCUGAGGAAGACAUGAAAACAAGAGGAAAGAAACUAAGAAGCUUUGUACAGGAAAACAAGGUUACAUUACGGAACAGGGCAGGACAACCAAGUCCUCUAAGGAGUCCCAAAAAAUCUAAAUAUAGUAACAAAGAUGGGACAACCAAUAGGCAGGGGAUUAGUCCAGACAGAAGUAGAACCCCAGUACAGGAUGAGAGGAAACUGUCCAUAUUAAAGCAGCAGAGAGCUGUUACUGCAGACCGUAAAAAAAAUCUUUGGGGCACUUUUACCAAAGUGACAGGAAAAAGAAAAGUGCGGUUUUCAAAACUGAUCACAGACCAAUUAAGUGGAAGCAAGGCUAAGCAGGUCAGUCCAGAUGGUACCUCUCCGUCACCAGAACCAAGAAUGGGCCAGUGGAAAAGGAGGCAGGUCGAUUCUGAUGAGAAUACCUCUCCCUCACCAGAGAGAAUGGGACAGUCCAAAAGGAGAGGGGGCAUUGUCACCGAUCACGUGAGGAAAGAAGCAUUCUCCCCAGAAAUGAACAAGGUACCUGAGAGGAUGUCCAGUGAAAAACUUGUCAAAAAGCCACCAACAAUGAUUAAUAUAGAACAACUUCUGCAAGAAUUAGCCAACCAGAGGGUACAUGGUUUGGAGAUGGACAUUGAUCAUAGUCCUGAUUCAGGACUUCUCAGUGCAUCUCAAGAUGCAAGUCAAAUUGUAGAGGACAUUGAUGCAGUAAAAAAUUCCCGUCUACGGAAAGAUAUACAGGAUGAAUUGGUCUCAAUCAAAGAUAGAGUGAAAGAGGUUUUAUAUUGUGUGGACAUGUAUGAAGAAGGAGAGGACUUAGAUGCAGCCACCAGAUUUCCACCAAUCAACAGUCUGGAAAUCAUGAAGCAGAGACGAGAAAAGAUGUACAAAGAGAAGGCAGUAAUGCAGAGAGUAGAGUCAUACAGAGGAACUACGGAGGAGCGGUACGCUCUCCUGACAGAAGUUAACCACUGGCUCUCUAGUACAGAUCUGAUCAGUGAGCUUCCAGCUGAGGAGGAACUUUUUCAGAUGAGCAGACAUUUCCAAGAAAUACAUAGUCAUGUCAUGACAGCUCUUCAUAGAUAUGGUAGCUUGAGUGAAAAAGUGAUGGAACUUGGAAACAGCCUGUUGGCUACAACACAUGCUAUCAUUAUGGAACAAAAGGAAAACACUAAAGUGGGCCAAGAGAAAGAAAAAGAGAAAACAGUUGUCAUUGAUGAGAGACUGCUCCUGUCUGACCAGAGUAAGUGGGACUCAGCCGUGAGGAUGGUCAUGAAUACAUUUGAUGAUGCCAUGAAGUGGACCAAGAAUGCUACCUACAAAAAUAUUUUUAAAAAAGGCCAGUCACAGUUUAAGGAGCUCUCUUCUGGCAUGAAGAAACGUAACGUGGAAUUGAAGGAAAAAAGAAAAGCUGCAGAGGAUGCAAAAACGAAACUACAAAAUGCAAAGUCUGAUGUUGAAGGAAAAGGCAAAGAAUUAGAGGACCUGAAGAAAAAUGUCAGAAAGAUAGCUACAGAACUGGAUGAAAAGAGACAUCUACUGUCCAAAGCAGAAGAGAAUAAUGCCAAGAUGUCACAGAAGUGCCAGAAGCAGGACGCUCAGAUCAAGGACCUGCAGGAGGAACUGGCCAAAAAACCCAAGGUGGUGGAGAAGGUGAGGGCAGGGACACCCCCUCCCCCUCCCUCCCCACCCCCACCAGAAAUCAUAAAAGUGAUAGAUUCUUCCACACAAUUAAAACUGAAUGAGGCAGAAAAGGAAGUGGAAGACCAAAAGGCAAAGCUUCAAAAGAUGAAGGAUGAAAUUAGAAGCCUUGAAAGACUACUGAGAAUAGAGAAAGAGAGAGUUCGGCAGUUAAGGUUAGAUCUAGAGGAUGCCAUUACACGUGCAGAAGAGGCAGAACUAACAGUGGCUAUUGAACAACCCCAGCAGGAUCCAGCACCAGAGGUCCAGAUUGUAGACACUGGGGAUCGAGACAGCACGUAUUACAAGACUCUCCUGGCAGGAAUGAAACGAGACUUUAAUGCAGAACUGGAGAAGAUCAAAGGUCACCUUGUCAAAGAGAGGCUGAGGAAUGCUGCAAUGGUGAAGAAGGUAGAAAAUACACACAAAGAACAGAUGUUUGCCCUCCAGAAGGAUGUAGUCCGAGUGCUUCGGGCCAUCAUGCACUUCCGAGAUCAUGUCAGUACUAUAGUAGAAAAAGAGAGCCUUAAGGACGUCUCCCGGGCGAUGCAGGCCCUGGGCUCCCUCAUACCAGACAAGUUGGCUCCAGAUCCAAAGGAACUAUUGGCCUUGCUUGUGGGCAGUGUUGUGGAAUUUAUGCACAAAUUGGAAGUAAUAAUUGCUAAUGCCUUCCUGACUAUGAGGAUGAUGAUUAAGGGAUCUAUCACCCUGUCUACCACAAAGGAAGUAGUCGCCGCGAGGCGGACAGAAAACAAGGCACGGAUGGAGGAGGCCAAGAAAACUAUGAGGCAAAUUGAUUUUUCAAAAACAGAGACGAAGAAGCUUGCACUUCGACUCAAAAUGGCCAAAGAAAAGCUGAUUAAGUUUGAAGAACUUACAGAGAGACAAGAAGUCCAUGAUAGAAAAUAUCUUGCCCUGUUAGACAGAUAUAGACGAGUGUGGAAAAUGUACAACAACCUAAAUAAAGAUAUGACUAUGUUACAAGCAGAUCUCCAGGAAGCUGUCGAUGAGAAAGCAAAAGAGAGGGAGGAUCUUGUUGUGUCACAGAUAAAAAUGGAACUCAGGAAUAGGAUAAACGUCCAUGAUAAAGAAUUGGAAAUAAGUGUGAAGGACCAAAAGAAAAACAUCAGGAUGUUGGAGGAGGCUUAUGAAAAGAACAAGAUAUCCAAAAACUUGUAUUAUGUAGUCCUGUCGUUACUGGAGAGGUCACUAGACAUCCCCAGAAGGAGGCUGCGUUACAUGAUGGAGCAAUACAUUGCCUUUAAAUCUGUAAAAGAAACUAGAGCUCGUGUUAAGGAGAUAUUGAAAGGUGAGGAUCUAAGCACACACACGAGGAAGGACAUGGAGCAGUAUGUCAAGAGAAUCGAUGAGAAACUGACAAAAAGUAUGAAUACCUGGCACACAAACAUGGACUUUCUUCAUCAGGAGAGAAGGCAUCUAUUCAAAUCCAUUUGGAAAAUGUUUGGAGAAGUGUUUGCAGAGUCUGGGUUGCUACUUGUUCAUCCUCUACUGAAUCAAGUUGCAUAUGACAGAACAGAGGUGUACAGCAAGAUAGCAGCAACUGUCAAAAGAAAGACGCUCAAAAAACUGUGUUUAAAGGGUCAUAAGCGAGUCUCUGCAUUCCUACAUCUUCCUACAUUUGUCGAGGGCUCGAGCGUGCUGUCCAACAUGACAGACCAGCAGUCCCUGUGGAAUGCUCAGUUUUCUUGUGGUGAUGAUGCUACAAAUACCCCCAUAGCUGUCUCCCCACAUUUACUGAAUUAUGACAUCAAUAAAGAACGCAUCCAAGCCAAAAGGAGUUUAGAAUUCAGCUCGGACAAUGGUUAUAAUCGGAAACCACUACACCUUCCGAUGUCGAGAAAUUACUUCAUUUCAAAGAAACAGGAAUGUGUGUCUGUCUAACAACCAGGACCUCAUCAUUUCAUUAUACAACAUCUUCCUGUGGGGGUCCUUGGAUCCAUUUAACUGUACACAAUAUUUAUUUUCUAGGAAUAACAAUAUCAAUA